AUGACUCAGAAUAGUACAGGUUGGGAAGAAGCAAAUCAGAGCGGUAAAUUUGAUUCUGCUGCUCUUUACAAAGAGCUGAGGGGAGAUUGUAUUGAUGUCCCAUGGAAAAAGAUGUUCUUCAAGAACCAUGUUAGCCCAAUAGAAAGAUUUACUCUUUGGCUUACCUUAAUGGAGAGGCUCCCCACAAAGGACAGACUAGUGAGGUUUGGUUUUAGUCAAGAUAAUACAUGUUGUUUUUGCAAGAAAGAGGAGACAUUGGAUCAUUUAUUUUUCUGCAGUGAGUUUACUAAUAGAAUAUGGGGAAAAAUGCUUGUUUGGAAUGGUUACCAUAGGAGCAUACUACCUUGGGAUAGUGAGAGGCAGUGGCUUAUUUCUGAAACGUCCAAGAAGGGAUGGCGUAGAGAGAUUCUAAAAAUCACUUUUGCAGAAACUAUUUAUCAGUUGUGGCUGACUAGAAAUGAUGUUGUGUUCAACCACAAUCCCCCUAGAUUGGAUAUUCAUAAUGGUAUCCAAGAAAGAAUUAUUGGUAGAAGUCUAACAAAUAGGAAGUUAAGUAUCCAUGUAGAUGUGAGUCUUAUGAGUCUUAGAUAG